UGGAUUGCGUCGGUGCUGACACUUUUUUUCCGAAAUUGGAUACGCCUCCAUUUUUUUCCUUACAAUAUUUGACUGCUUUGUAUAGCAAAAAAUCUUUGGGAGCCAAUACUAAGGGAGUGAUAAGGAUUUAUACAUAUGGAGUGAAAACAACGAGCAUGCGAAAUAGCAAUUACUGCAAUGAUGUAAUGAACUACGGUUUCCACAAACGUUGAUUGUACUGUCCCCCUGGAAAAUCGCGGUGUCACGUUACGUUCCUGGGUCCAGCGGCAUCGAAGUUGAUGAGAACACACUACUGGCAUCUCAGCUGCUCCCCAUUCUUUUGGGCAACACUCUUGAGAAGUUAUCGACCGGCAGCUGCAGCGUGUACAGAGGUCACUGCUGCCGAUAUCAGUCUGAUGACUUUGUAGUUCUUUCGAAAUCUUAUAAUUUUUAAGUAUACCUCUGGAUUUUGAGCCCAUGAUAGGUUGGCUUUCAACUUUCUAGUUGCCGCUCGUCCACAAUUUCAUACAUGCCCUGAACACCCAUAGUCCGAUAGGUGCUCUGCGGAAAUCUGUGUCAAUCACUACUUCAAAGUACUCUCACUCCUCUCUUAUCCGGGCGGUCCGGGACCGGGAACUGCCCAUAACUUGGAAAUGUCCGUAACUCUGAUUCGCGUUCGUUUUGAUGGGGAAGGGCGAGAGAUCUAGCAUAUGACGUCACUAUUUCCACAAAAAUGGCGAAAGAGUAGUUAUCAGUUUCCUCGGAGACAAAAAAUGUCUAUAAAACUUAGAAAAAGGACACGCUUCGGAUUCCUCAACAUCUGGACGCACGCAUCCGACAUCGCGCAUCGCUACAUCUCAUUCCGCAACACGUACAUUGCACGUGACCGUGGAGGGUAUGCCCACCACAAGAAUCAUCCAGGUACAAGAUGAUCCAACACAGCGACAUCAACACCAAACAACGUCACCUUGCAACCAGCUAUCCAUGCGUACUACGACAGUGCGUUAUCACCGGAAGUACCCACAGACCUCAGGCUUGCGAGACCGCCAAAGAAACAACCGGACAAGAAACAUAUCAGCUUGGCAUUGACAGGAAUGGAAUCGACUUAAUUUAGAAGGAUAACGAGAUCGGCGCUGGUAGCGUCUAAGGCACUGGCAGAGUCAACGACGUUAGGUCUGAUAAGUAUGAGGGUUCCAUUGCUAGUCAUUCGUUGGAGCAUCCUGAAUGUCGUGCUAUGCACUCAGUUGAACGUUUUAGCGUUCAUAAAUUCGGCUGGGUCACGAUGAGAAACGCUUGCGAUUCUAUCUCUUCAGUCAGAUCUUGUACUGUCUACAAUCAAUGUACAGAGAGGUUUGCAGCGAUUUAUUAUUCGCAAAUGUGUGAUGGCUGCGAAAAUAGCAAAAUUUAAUCUCUAGCAAAAGUUUCUCACUUUGACAGUAGUUCUGUCCAUUGGUUGUCAAUUGUAGUCGCACUACUAGUGCAUUUCACGCUUGUUAGGUUUUCUCACACUUGCACUUUUUUCUCAUUCUUUCUAUGCGUAUGGGUCACACACUUUCGUCGUUGUUUUGGCUAUUCUUCUUUGCGAUGUUUUACCACCUCUCUACUGUACUUAAUCCAUUGUCCUUGUUCUUUUGCUCUUUAUACCUGUAUUACAUAACAAGAAGGCUUGAAAGUGCACUCAUGAACUUUUCAAGAUGUUGUUCAAGAAUCUGAAGUGUGUCCUUUUUCUAAGUUUUAAGAGUAGUAAUAUUUACAGUAAAACUCACGAACAGGGUGCCCGGUAGACCGAGGUGCUUGUGACUUUGAGGUCCAGUGGAGUCCCUUACCAUGGUACCAAUACCAGGCAGCACUGCGGAGCUGCAGGAACCAGUAGGCGACACUGGGUCGUUUGAGCGUGAAGAAUCUCUCAGCGGUGUGCAGGAAAUCGCCGAGAGCGAGUCACUGUACACCGACCCGCUGCUGUCUAGCUCGUUCGACACUGAUACCGAUGAUCACCUCAUUGACGACUCAGCCUCAGAGGCGCAUCAUACCAAAAGAAGUCUAUCGGAAUAUGUCGGGAAAGGUGAAGUGAGCAACCUUGUGGCUUUCGUAGUUAUGGUGGUGGGCAUAGUGCUGACUGUGGCCUUGGACGAACCACACGACACCAAGCGUUGGUAUCUCUACCGGUGUAUACGUGCACUGGGUUUGUUUGGAUUUUCCGGUGGGGUCACCAAUUGGCUAGCCGUGAAGAUGCUCUUUGACCGUAUUCCUCUGCUGAUCGGCAGUGGUGUCAUCACACGGCGUUUUCAAGAAAUCCGUGAAACUAUCAAGCAAGUCAUUCUUGACACUAUCUUUGAGCCAGAGGCCAUGCAGGAUUACAUCGAUCAACGGACUGGCUCUUUUCUCUCUGGCUUCAAUCUUGAGGAACACAUUCAAGCAAUCAUGCAGUCGGACGUCGUAGAUGCAGUAAUUGACAGGAAAAUAGCUGAGCUGAUGGCGCGUCCAGAGGGGCUUAUGUUCGCCAUGAUGGGCAUUGACGCAGCGAAGCUCAAGAGCCUCGUAAAGCCGUUUGUGUUUGGUCUAGGUGUUGAACUUGCACCCAUGCUGGUCAAAGUGCUCGACUCCAUGGAUCUGAUAAACGGAUAUCGGAUAAGAGAACAGGUGGAGCAAAUGAUGUCGAAUCGUCUUCAAGAGUUUACCCCUCCUAAAGUGAAAGAGCUGGUGGAGAAAAUGAUUCGCAAGCACCUGGGUUGGUUGGUGGUAUGGGGCAAUGCACUCGGCGCUGUGUUUGGCUUGAUCACCGAGCUUAUAUCCAUAUACGCGUAGAGAGUGCCCAAGACUACCUUGGCUGCACAUGGUCACUGGCCAGGCUGGGCUAUAUGCUCGCCUUGCCCGGAUUUCCUGUCCCGAAAGUGGAUGUGCUGCUUGAGCGUGAGCUCAAGCCUGAUCACAGAUCUAAUGCCCUUAUAUGAGUGUGCAAGUUGGAGCUACCACUCACCUAGUACCUACACGUACCUACCUACAGUUGUGGACGGUUUUCUCCCAAAUAUGGAUGAGCUGAUCCAUUGUCCUCUCGCACACCAAGUGUACACUUACAGCAUAGAGGCCACAUGCACAGUCUAGUCGAGUCCUGCCAAUGGCCAUAUACACACUGGGCACACAUGUACGGCCAUGAUGCUAAUAAUUAAUAUGCUGCUGGCAGUGUGGGCUACAGAUGUCUUACUUUAUUUUUAGCUGUCAUUUCGUUUCACUGGUGGUGUUAAAGUCCCAGCCAUGCCUUGUGGCUACAUCUGCGUUUAUAUACGUAUUACUGACAUUGUUGAGACACGCUUGAUCAAAGUCUUUUUUUAUCACACAAAAUUAGAAAGAGGGUUUUUUACUAUAGUAUUUACCAUUUUCCGGCUGUGCCCAAUAUUUAUCCUGUGUGUUCAAGAUACUGCAUGCUGAAAUGUUGUUGCACUCUUUGGUAGCGUAUGUGUUCAAUUUUCUUCUAGCUACUUCCAGAACUAUGCUGUUACUAGUUAGUGCUGGUGGUCAAAAUAAUUAUGCUAUGUAUUUUUCUUUUCUCUCCUUUUAGCUUGCUCGUUGCUUUAGAAGCAUGCCAUCUGCCCCCCCCCCCCCCCCCCUCCUCGGUUUCUUACUGUGCCACGUGCUUCUCUUAUAAGUUCCACAUUUUAAAAUGAAGAGUUUUGGCACCAAAUUUGAGAAACUGAGAUCCUGGUAACCAGAUCAGGUCAAGGAGCACCUUCACAACAUGUUAUUGUGUCAUAUCCGAAUUGCGAACCGACUCACUUUGAAAACGCCACCCCAAUGUAGAAAAUGAAUCUCUUUCGGAUCCCCACCCAGCGACAAGUAGACCCACUUCAAGAAUGCCUAAGAGUAGUUUUUUUGGAUAAGCGAGGUUCAACAAUGGACAGCGAAUAUGUACCAAGAACAAACUGCAGUAAUGUGGCGUAUAACAGCAGCUGUACUUGCGGCGGCCGUAUAAGCCAGGGUUCAAACCAUGCUUCUAUUCAAGUCAUGCUUCUAUUCUAAACAUACUUCUACGUCAACGACAUCAGUCUGCACUGUGCAGUGCAUUCUGCCACGCAUGUACUCGCACAAUCAUGUACUUUGCGGGGAGCGGCUUCUAUUCAAACCAUGCUUCUGUGUCACGGCGCGCUUCAAAAAAUCGGCUUCUAUUCAGGUUUCUUUGCUGCAAA